AUGAGUCUGUCUCUUUUUCAAUUGGCUGUGAACGCCUCUGCGGUCCAGGUAGCUUAUCCUCCGCUAUCUCUUCCAGAUGUUUCCAAUUGUAAAGACUACUACGCCAACCCUUCUCCGCCUCUCCUCUCCGAUUGCCAGAUCGCUUUCAAAAAUCUACCGAGUGGUACUGCGCCCACUGCAUGGUACACUCAACCUGCCGCUGGAGAGGAAAGAAACGUGCUCCCACUCGAGGUGCAUCAUGGCACGUGCGAUAUCAUAUUUCACACAUCUGGCCAGUCCGCCCAAAGUCUGGAUCCCGUCUGGAUCGUGCCAAACGAUAUCAAAGCCAUGGCAGCAUGGGUACUUGCGCGUUGCGUUUCCGCCGGCAAAGGAGGAAUGGUCACGAAGGGGUUGGAAAACACAAUAGACCCCAUUACCAACAGCGACAGCAAAAUCUUCCCCGAUCCCGCACUCCCCCCAAGCAGCACCUUCUACAGUCUCCACGUAUGGAAUCACACACCUAGCGACAUAGACUGGAACCCUGGUAACAGCGAUCCCGACGUUGGAGACGCUCUAGCCCAAAGUCUUCACAGAGCUGGACGAGCAGCACCAGCCGGCAGUCCUGCGGAGGCGGAGCUCGAGCGCCGUGAAGAAUAUCUUUGGGCGGCUGUGGGCCGGACGGAGUAUGGGGAGCCGGUCACUAACUGGUGGGACGGCCCUUCCAAACCUGGCCUUUCCUCAAGUGCACGUUGA